GGUUCACAUGUGUAUAAAUUGCGACUGGAUUUAAUACAGCUGCAUGCGUAAAAACAUAUGUUUAUGUAUGUACAUUCGUCAAUAUUUGUCACUAAUAUAUCAAAGUAUGUUAACUAUCUCAUUUAUAUCAUCAUUUUUUAAAAGUUUUGUCUCGUUAAAUAAAUUUUAAUGUCAAUAAUAAAAGUAAUAUCAAAUGUUAAAUUUAGAUUUAUAUUAUAAACGUAAUUACAUAAUUUACAUUGGAAAAAUUAUCAAUUUUAAAUAUCUAAUUGCAAAGUUUGAAGUGUCUUAUACACUCCUUAGUUGAAAAGUUUAAUUUGAAAGAACAUUGAAUAUAAAGGUAUAGAGAGAAAACAACGUUGCUCAAGUAGAAACCUGUUAUAUGCAUUUUCUUUAUACGUACGUUAGCGACCUCUAAGCACUAUAUAUAAAGCACUUUAUGUAAUAUCUGCACUCUCUAUUGAUAUCUAUUUUUCGAAUUUAUGAUAAAGUUAUUAAAUGUUAUCAAAAUGAAAUAAUUUAUUUCUAUAAAAUUAUGUAACAAACAUGAUAAUGUCUACCUUAAUCAUUUUUUAAGAGUUUAAACAUAUACAUAAUCAAGGAAUAUUACUUUUAUUAUGAAAACGUAAUAUCAAAGAAAAUUAAAUUUAUUAUAAACAUUUUUAUAUUAAGUUCGAAAUUUAAAUUUUGGAUAUUUACGUUAAUAUAAUACUACGACGUAAAUACUAACUUUAUCUUGAUUUAUAUUCCUUAGUUCCAAAUAUCAUCGUAUUAGCGCCAUGUCGUAUAAAGUUUCAGCGGGAGUUUAUCGGUUAGGAUAAAUAAUUGUUUAUUUGUGAAUUAUUUUAAUAUCUUGAAAAGUUUAUUUAUGCAGAAAGCAAUGUAUUUUCUUUCAACAGGGAAUCUUCCACCGUUUAUUCGACACUACAUGGGUAUUGUAGCCGGAGCGUUUCCAAGGAGGAUCGGCCAUCCUUACCAAAACAGGACGCCACCGAAGAGAAAGAAGCCGAGGACAAGCUUCACCAGGUUGCAGAUCGCCGAACUGGAGAAACGUUUUCACAAACAGAAGUAUCUGGCGUCGGCCGAACGAGCAGCCUUGGCUAAAACUUUGAAAAUGACGGAUGCGCAAGUGAAAACCUGGUUUCAGAACAGGCGGACAAAGUGGAGGAGGCAAACGGCGGAAGAAAGAGAGGCCGAGAGGCAGGCGGCGAAUCGGUUGAUGCUGUCCCUUCAAGCCGAGGCGCUUGGAAAAGUGGCUUAUCCCGCAACAGUGCCGAACCAUCCAGCGGGAACCACCGUUCCCAGUUUAGACAGACAACAAGCACCCACUGCUCUGACCCAUCCUGUGGGUCAGUGGGCCUCGCCGUACGGUCCACCACAGCCUCUAGCCGAACCGAUUUGUUGAACCAGGAUAAUCGACGCGGAUUCAAAGACUCUUGCCGAGUGAAACUUGUUACGUAUCAAUCGUGUCACAUUUCUACGAUAGAAUAGUUGUACGUUUUCUAGGACCGGUGCGACUCUUGUCGUUGCAGUCUCGUUGCCGUGGUGCAGUGCUUCGAACGAUGGUACAUUCCCCGCGUUAUUUCCUCGAUAUUUCCAAAGAACAACCACUGACCAUGGCUGGAAACGCGAAGCAAAACUCGUUCUUGUAAAGGGCGAAUCGAACGCUGUUUGGAUAUCAGGAGACGUUGCGCGGCGAAUUGUCGAAACAGGAGACGAGUUUUCAAAAAUACAACGCCGAAGCACGAGAAAGCGGUUUCAAGAUUUCGCAAUAGAAUCGAAUUACCAUGGCCAGCGUUCGCGAUCGGAAUCCGAUAGAAAACCUGUGGGCAGUUUUGGGAAGAAAAGUUCACGAUCAACAGGAGUCGCCGAUAGAAUACGUCAGCGAACUUGGAAAGAGAAAUAAAAUCAGCGUAGGCGAAUACUCGAGACGAAACUUUCGAUAAAUUAGCGGACGGUGUACCUAGAGGAUUAAUUAGUAGCAAUCAAAAGUAAAGAAAAAUCCAUUGAAUGGAAACUUAACGAAAUUAGCAUCGAAUUUGUAUUUUUUCACAGGCGAAAACACAAGUUUUGUACAUUCAGUUUCGCUUUACAUUCUAAAUAUAUAUCAACGAUUUUCUUUCAAUACGAUGAAAAAUCUACAAAUAGGCUCGCGUUUAUAAUUAUUCACGUCACUGUGUCUCUCUUCGUGUCCACCGUAGAGAUACGAAGACGAAGUACGCGAGUCAUGCGUUAACCGUGCGAUGUGAGAAUAGAAAGAGAACGCCACGUACAGGCCUUUUCUGUUCUUGUCUAAUCAGACAUGCAUCAGACCGCUCGUUGAUCGGUGGUGUUACACUUACAUAUUUACUGUACGAAUGUGCAUGCUUUAUUAGCUGUUAGACAAGGAACGAGCAGCCUCUAUGCAGCGUUCGCGCACCCUAUCUUCGCAUCUCUGUUAUGUUUUGCCAAUUGCUUUACAAGGAAUAACAGAAUAACAAAGCAGACUUCGCAGCGAGAUGGCAACGACAAAAGUCGCGCAUCUGCGACCGGGCCUUACUGCGAAAAUAGCAGUCGUUCACACUUGAAAACGUUAACAGAAAGAGGGCUGGAAUAGCUUACUCAAUUCGUAUUUUUAUCUUCGUCUCCUUCCAGUUUUCUUUAGACGUGUUUGAAACUUGUAGUGAGAUUUGCUGUUAAAUUUGAUUUAGUACGUUUUCGAUGGAAACGAUGGAGCGAGUAGCUUUUGUUUAAUUUCGAACGAACAUUUGUUGUUAAAUGAUAGUAUUUGAUGUGAGGGAAAGAUGGAAACUUGAAAUGUAAUUAUAGUUGAUAACGUGGAAAUAUAUAUCGCGAAUGUUGUUGGAUAUUAAUUGUUCUUUUUCGUUCGAUCUCUGUAUCCGCAUGUUUAAAUGUCCUUUUAUACACAACGUUUCUUCAGUCGGCGGAUUACGAAAACCAUACUGAGAUUAUUAGAGCCUCCGAAAUUUCAUAGUAGAUAGCUCGACGAAUAAUGAUAUACUUUUCAUUUAUUUUCAUAUCAAAACGCACGAUAUUUUUUGAAAUGUCACAGUGACGUUCAACACGCUCCAAUUUGAGAAUGUAUAGAAAGAAUCGACAAACGCAACGAGCGAUUUCAAACCGAAUCUCUGAAAUCUCAGGAAUAUGUUCCACUUUAUUUAUAUCGACCUGUAUCAAAUAUGAACGAUAAAAUGGCAAGGCGAAUCGUCACUGUAAUUCCAUCAAUCUCGAGUUUAACACGCGACAAUUUCUUCUCUAUUACGAAUCUAUUAGUCGUAUAAAUACACGCGCACUCACACGUGUAACGGGAAUUUAAAAAAUUUUCCAAAACGACAACUAAUCGCAGUGCGCUAAUUUGACGUGGCAUUAUUGACAGAGAGAAGAAGUCAGAGAGAUCGAACGAAAAAGAGCAUCAGAGGCCAGCAGUCGUCUUAAUUGCGCUAUUUCUAGGUAGUAUCAACGUCUUACCGUCACGACGGCCAAUUUUAUCGACGUACUUAAUUAACGAACCGAGGGGACUGAUAGGGAGCUAAAAAAGAAACUUAAAUAAUUACGGAUUGCUCUCGUUUUUUCGCCAUCGCCACCCCUGUGAGCUCGCUCCGCGGAAAUUUACCCUCGUCAAACAGACACGAUACGCAGGGACACCGAAAGAAAGUAGAAACAUAGAAAGGAGAAGAGGAAAGGCGAAGAGUGAGAUCCGGACAGCUUCCGAAGUUCGCGAAAUUCUUCGAUAGGCGAUGGAAUUAACCCUUUCGACGACGGCUGAUGGCCAUCUUCUGCAGUACGUCGACUCUUUUUAAUCCCUUUUAGGACCAGAUUUUUUAUCUUGUUUUUAUCUUUUGUAACAUAAAAAUGGUACAGUCAUCGGAUAUCAACAAUUAAAUCAUCGCCACCUGCUAACUAGCGAUUCGCAUUUUGCGCUGUACGUACGCAUUUUUAAAAAUCUCAAAAUUCGGAAAUUGCAACUAUCGUAGAAGGAGGCGAGGUUUAACGAAUAUCAGCGUAGUCUUUUACCUUCGUUUAACAUUUUUUCCUAGAGUAUACAUCUCGUCCGCGUCGUUCCGCUUGCGAAGAGAUCUCGUACACCGUACGAUGUCCUGUUCCUCAAUGUCAAACAACUUUUGUAACCGCAUUCGAUUGAAAUUAAAGACGAAAAAGAAAUUGAAAGGUAGGAUAUUAAGGAAUGAACAAAAAGAUCUCGUCGUUAAAAGAGUUGAAACUAUAUUAUCCAAGAAUUUCGUCUUACCGAUACUUUAACGCAGCAAUAAUCGAAGGCGUCGCAAAACACGAUUUAUGUAUACAAUGCAAUAUCAUUGACCGGAAGCCUCCUCCUCGGUGCAUCUUUCGAACGACGCAGCUUAAUUGAAAGAUCCGCACGACAUAUCUGUGUAUAUAUUAGCGCGAUAGUUUGUAAUUAAAAACAUUACGAUGUAUGUACGAUAUUAAUCCGUUUCUGCGAUCGACUUGGCGACAGCGUUUUGUUUCGAACAUUAGACGUGCACACAUGUACUUACACAUCAUACAAAUACAGGAAGAAGAUAGUAGAUAUUAGGUGUACGAGAGAAUUUUAUGCUUUUACGAAGAGAACGUUCCCUUUGAUUUUUCGUUGACGACAAUCUCAAUAUCGUUGUUUGCGCGUUUCGACCCAAUGAAUUUUUUUAUUUCUGUAUCACAAACUUUACACGGCCUUUGUUUUGACAAAUUUUUGUUAUUUCUCGUCAAGUACGAAAGAAAUUAGUUCGGUAGCUUCAAUAGCGUUUAUUGUACGAUUGUACGAUUUAUUCCAUACAAAUAAGCGAAAAAGAAAAAAUAGCAACCGUGGAAAGAACUUUAUUAAGAAAGUCAAUUUUUAAUACUUUAAUCCGGCAGUAAGGGAACAAAGCUGAAUGAGUUUAAGCGUAUUGUUUGUAACAUUGAAUUUGGAAGUUAUAUUUCGAUUAAGUGUUAGGAAAAUGAACGUUCCUCGCAUUUUUUUUUCCUUCUUAUCUUUCAACCGAAGUUACAUCCUCGGUCUUGCUUCCAUUCCAAGCCACACGGAAAAUUGUGAACGACAUUCCAUUUUUUAAAGAUUCGAAUUACCGAGGAACGGGUCGCACUGUCUCGAACCGAGACAAUCCUACAAAUUGUAACACUUGAAGAGCGAAAAAAUUCUUUCUUACGUCUAAUGCACAAAUUACCAUGUACGUGUAUGUGAAGAUCACAUGGGAAAACUAUAGGUCACAUUUUCUAUUUUUUUAUAGGGAACGAUAUCGAAAAGUUCUAAAAAUAUUUAUUUCCAUAACACAGCCACGUUGUUGAUUUCUUACCUUUCAUAAAUCCUAUUUUCCAUCUAUUUCUACCGAUUUCUGGAUGAUACAUAUCCGUCAAACUAGCUGAUCAUCAUCUUCUUCAACCGCGUCGUGUCAAAAUUCUCUCCUUUUAGUCAUCAAACAGCGUAAACGUGGAAAAAAAAUCAACAAAGAAUGGACUUAUCACAUUUUUCUCGUGUGAUCGCUAUAUCCUACAACUGUGCAACUAUACAAACACAUACACCCUGUACAAUAUUAUUUUCUUAGGAAUACAAAAAAUCGUAAAGAGUAAUUAAGAAUGUACUAUCGCGAAAAGAUAUUGUAAGUUAUAAAUAAAUAUAUAUAUAUAAUGUAUAAUAUAUAUGUAUAUAUGAUAUGAUAUAUAUAUCAUAUAUAUUAUAUCUAUAUAUAUCGCUACCACUAAGGUUCGUCGUCGAAAUAGAGCGUGUAAGCCGUCUAAUUAGGUACGUAAUAUUUAUGUUAAGAGCAACCGUAGAAUUAUCGAUCGUAGAGAACGAUGUGAUGUUAUAUAAGUACGUGUAACGUUGUAUAUAAUUGACAAAUAGAAGUAAUACAUAUACAUAUACAUAUACAUAUAUAUAUAUAUAUAUUAUACAUAAAAUGAUUCAACUGGUACGCGUAUACGUUGAUUGUACGAAACUUCACGAAAUCAUAAUAAGCGAACACAUGAUAGAAUAUUAGAAAAUCCUUGGCUUAGUAAUUUAUUUGUUAAACAACCGACUCUUAACAUACGAUUGUUGAUGAUAUUACCGUCUAAUUUUCCGUUCUCCGUCGAAUCGUUCAACGCCGAUACCGAUUACGUACGUUUCAUUUUCGUAGGUAACACCAUGUUAAUGUAAGAUAAGAGAAAUAAUCAGCGAAACAACCACGAAUGAUCCGAAUAAAUCGUUCUUUUUCGCAAAAAGGUGAUCGUUUCUGUCCAUUUGGCACUUGGAUUUCUUCAGAUUUCUCCGCUUGAACGCAUCUCGUCCGGCCCGCGACACACGACUCAUGAUUUCUUCAACGCCUGGAUACAUUUUAUAAGGUAGACUGUAUAUAUUUUUUCAAUUGUAUCGCACAGAAUAAAUUUAUAUGACCCAACGUGAA